GUAAACUCUGCCCAAUAGUGUCUCUCUAUCGCACACAGAAGGCUAGACCAGACCCUUUAGAACGUAGUUUUUGAACAGAAUACCUAAAAUUACCAGUACCCCAGACCGACACGCAGCAACACGCGCCGUUUCGCGGCUCAAAGGCAGAGGGAAUUUUCAAAAAGCGCGCCACACGAUCAGCUGGCAACGACAAUCGAUAGUCCGGCGAAAGCAGGGCCGCGGGGCAGCACUGGCGACCGCAGCGAUAGGCAGCAGCACCAAUCGAUAGAUGGGCCGCUGAAGAAGGAGGAGAAGCAGAGGAGAAAAACAAAAACCAAUUGUGAAAAGUGUAAAGUUUAGAGCGCAGCGCAAUUGUGUGGCCAAAAGCGGAGCAUAAACGAGCAGCCUGCCGCAACGACCUUUUCCACGACGCGCCAGCGGGAAUUUGCACCUGCUGCAUGCGAACGCACACACACACGCACCCACACACUCACGCAGCCAAAUCGUCAUUCCGUCGUCUAUUUUUUGUUUUUUUGCGAAAUCCAAGACGAAGGCGAAUCCACAACAAAUGCAGAUUGGAGCUCGAUUGGCUCGCGAUUAGUGCCUAGUCACGCGGGAUCAGCAAAGCAAAGCGAGGAGGCCAAAAGCCCGGAGAAGGAUACGGGAUACGGUUACGGAUACAUAUAGGGAGCCAUGUCCGUGCGGACGAAGGUUCUCGGCCUGGUGGACGUGAUGAUGCGCGUGCCACCGGUGAUGGUCAUCGAUGAGAUACUAAAGAUGGACAUGGGCAUGCAGUCGUGGCUCUAUCCGGACAAGGACAAGGCCAGUGGCGCACUUGCUACGCCCACAGAAGCGCCAGCGGUGCCAUCCGGCCAGGAUCCGUUCACCAGCAUAAAGGAGUUGUUCUCCCACAUGACCACCUCCGCCCAAUCUGUGCUGGAACAGAGCAUCGAGAAGGCCUCCGAGGCGGCCAAAACGCACGGCAUGCUCAGCUCCGGUUUCAACUCGCUGAUGAACGAGCUGUCCAAGGACCAAACACUGGCGGAUGUGCUCAGCACCACCACGGUCAAGUUCGUUUUAUGCGUGUUCGCUUUCCUAUCCGCCGCGUGCAUCUUCAUGCUGUGGACCCGGCACCUGGUGAUGGUCUACAUGUUCCUCACCUCGCUGGGCCUCACCUUCCUGUCCUACUGGUCGAACGUGAGUGCGCUGGCGCUGACGGAGCGCAGUCCCAGCAUGGUGGAGGACCUCAUGUCACUGAACACCACUAGGCUGCUGGACUCGGGCGGGGUGGUCAUGUCGCUGGCGCCGCAUCUGAUGGCCCAGUGGUUCAUGGGCAUGCUGUUCGCCUACAUUCACCUGGGACCGAGGUUCGAACAUGUCCAGAGAUCGAUGCCCAUCAUCUUCGCUAGUCCAAUUCUGUUGGCCAUGCUGCCGCUGCCGGCGAAGGUGGUGCAACACCUGCCCGUGGUGGCCGUUUUCACGCCCAUCAUCCUCACGAAGAUCACGCUGAUGCAGAGCGCCAUGGAGGCCAGUCGCACGGUCUACAACGGAUACCAGUACGCCAUGAACUUUGUGUCCAACUUUGGACUGUCGGCGCUCAUUGAAAACGAAUGGCAGAGGCUCAAUGUGCCCAACGUUCUGAGGGUUUUUUGGACCAUCAGACUAAUCCAAGGCGGCUAUGCCCUGGCCACGACGGAAUCGGAUGAGCCCCUGGAUCUAAUGACGGCCACACAGAAGCUGCUGGUCGACGGCUGUGAGACUAUGACGGCGGUGCUGGGCAUGACGGGCGUCAUCUCGAUGUUCUGCCACUACAUCGGACGCGGCUUCCAGUGGUACCUGCUCACCUACGACGACGAGGAGAAGUCGCUGGGCACUGUCUCCGCAGUGCUCUUCUACAUCCUCGCUCUGCAGACGGGCCUGACCUCACUGUCGCCGGACAAACGCUUCAUCAGGCUGUGCCGCAAUCUGUGCCUGCUGAUGACCGCUCUGCUGCACUUCCUGCACAACAUCGUGUCGCCCAUCUUGAUGUCGCUCAGUGCGGCACGGAAUCCCUCGCGGAAGCGCCAUGUGCGCGCCCUCUCCGUCUGCGCGUUCCUCGUGGUGUUGUCAGUGUCUCUGCUCUACCACCUCUGGUCGCAGCAAUCCAUCUCCACCUGGCUGCUAGCGGUUACCGCCUUCUCUGUGGAGGUCGUCGUCAAGGUUCUCGUUUCGCUGGCCACCUACACGCUCUUCCUGCUGGACGCGCGUCGGCAGUUCUUCUGGGAGAAGCUGGACGACUACCUGUACUAUGUGCGCGCGUUCGGCAACUCAGUGGAGUUCUGCUUCGGCAUCCUGCUGUUCAUCAACGGUGCUUGGAUUCUGAUCUUCGAGUCUGGCGGCGGCAUCAGAGCGAUCAUGAUGUGCAUCCACGCCUACUUCAAUAUCUGGUGCGAGGCGCGGGCGGGCUGGUCGGUCUUCAUGAAGCGGCGUUCGGCGGUCCACAAGAUCUCAGCCCUGCCAGAGGCAACUCCCGCCCAGCUGCAGGCAUUCGACGAUGUCUGCGCCAUCUGCUAUCAGGAAAUGUAUUCCGCCAAGAUCACGCGGUGUCGCCACUUCUUCCACGGCGUUUGCCUGCGCAAAUGGCUGUACGUUCAGGAUCGUUGCCCCCUGUGCCACGAGAUCAUGAUGUACACGGACAAGGCGGAUGAGAAUGCGCCGGAGGCGGAGCCAGCGCCAGCUGCCCAGGCCGAGCAGCCGAUGCGGAUAUACCCGCGAGACGACGCCAACAACGCAGCUGCGCAGCGACGCUCUCCGGAGCGUGCUCCAGUCGAAGCAUCAGAACAGGCGCCCGCCACCAGCUCCUCCAGCGCAGCGGCGACAAUCGGGGCGGAGGCAGUGUCGGCCAUCGUGGAGUCGGCAGCGGCUGUGGGCGAGGCGCGUUCGCUGGUCAGCGUAGCCAGCAGCAGCAGCGCCACUCACCGAAUCAGCGCCAGCGGGAGCAGCGACAGCAGCUACAUGACCGCAUCCGCCCAAUCGCCGCCGCCGACGGCCACCUCGGCUGCUGCUGUGGCCACGGCGGCGGCCAGCAAUACGACGCACAUGUUCCGGAUGUCGCAGGACCAGCAGUAGUCGCAUAUAGGGUAGGCUAGGACCGAAUCGAACGGAACGGGAGCGCUCGGCGUACCUUGCGUUUCUUAUAUAUAUAUAUAUCUUACGACUUGGAAACGUUCUGUGCGUUAGUGUACUUAUGUAUAAAUGCAAAUCUUUGUAGCGACCCAAGGCUUCUCUAUUCCCCCUGCCCAAAGAGCAAUCUAUUCGUAACACACCAGCACACCAAUGCCCAGCACUCGACCACAGCACCCACCUUCGAUCCUAUAUCGUCAUAGGCACAGACAUUACGUAUGUAUAACUCACGCAGCUAUGCUUAACUAAAUUAUAUACCAUGCAUAUAAUAGCUGAACGCUGAUCGGCAAUGAGACGAUAAUUCAAACGGAGAUGAUCUACAUAUGUACGUUAAGUUUAUGGUAAAAAGUCGAUUCAAAAAUGUUGAAACAUACACACACAAAAAAAAAAUUAAAUUAGCAUUAAGUUUGCAAUGGAUGAAAGCAGUGUAAAAAUCAUCAGCAAAACGCUAAAACGCAAAAACGAUAAACAUUUUAUGUGGUGAAGUCUGAAAAUGAUUUAAUCAAGUUACCAAGUAAAUCUAGUUAAAAACAAAACACGAAUCAACGCGGAUUGAAAUGAUU